AUGUCAGUUGUCCCAAAAAUACCAUCCGGCUGCUUUUUCCAGGUGCCCUUUUUAAAGAUUAGAAAACUAGUGCUGUAUUCGACAUCGCUUGAAGCCACAAGCAAGAAGCCGCUGGGUAUCGGGCUACCCUCCGUUAUUCGAACGCUGGUGGCUUCACGAGCCUGCACUCUUACAGUCAGCGGGAAAGUUUACCGUGGACUGUGCGCCACGGAGCCGCUGCUGCUUAUGGCUGCUGGAUUGCUGUCAUUUUAUACCACAUUGUUUGAUGAUCAUGGUAAGCUAGAUGUUCCAAUUUCUUUACAGAAGCCGUUCUAUGAGGUAGCACGGAGCUGGGGAGUUAUCAGUCUAGUGGAUGUAAAAGAAGACCCACUGAAGGGACUGUUACUGCAUGGAAAUGGAAAUUAA